GAGCAGGAGAGAAAUCAGCUGGGAAGUCUUUGCUUGGAUUGUGUUUACAUUUUUAGUUGUGAUCAGAUUGACUGAAUGAACUAGUGUAUAGUUUUCUGACUGUGUAAACUGAUUAAGGAACUAGACACUGUUCCCCUCACUCUAGUCCCUGACCAGGGUUGUAUAUGGAACCUCCCUCCCCCAAAAACACUGUACCUAGUUGGCGGACGGUGCCCCAUUUAUACUGAGGAUUUCAUUGGGGGGUUUCAUAGAGUUCACACUUUUACGGAAGCUGAUUGUAAUGGGAUUUACGUGGGAAUUGAUCGGAUUUAUAUCAGAAUCUGAAUGACUAUAUUUUUGUAAUGAUUGAUUUUAUAUGGAAUGGAAUAUUAGUUAAUAGAAAAGGACUUUAGCAUCAAUGAAAGGUGGUUACCUGGCCUUUCAAGCCAUGCAUCCGUCUCUGUGUGAGAACAAGCCCCCCAGCAGCUACAAGUGCACCCCCCUCACCUCCCUCUCCCAGCCCUGUAUGCCGGUCGCCAAUGUUGGACCCACUCGCAUCCUCCCCUUCCUGUACCUGGGAUCUCACCGGGACGCCAUGUCUCAGGAAACAAUCCAGAUAAACGACAUAUCUUACAUCCUGAACGUUAGCAUCACGUGUCCUCAGUCUCCGUUUGUACAGGACGGACAUUUCCAUCGCAUUCCAGUCAACGACAACUACAGCGCCAAGCUGCUGCCAUUCUUCCACCAAGCAUUCCAGUUUAUUGACAAAGUGAGGGAGGCCAACGGUAGCGUGAUGAUUCACUGUCUGGCCGGGAUAUCCCGAUCUCCCACGCUGGCCAUUGCUUACGUAAUGAAGCACCUACAUAUGUCAUCAGACGAAGCAUACAGGUAUGUGAAGGACAAAAGGCCGACCAUCUCUCCGAACUUUAACUUCCUUGGACAGCUGCUGGAGUAUGAGAAGUGGAUAAAGCAGGAGGAGGAGGAGUUAAGGCAGCGACAGGAGUCCCUGGGCUCGCUGACCGACGGCAAGACCACGCCCAUCAUCAUGGACCUCCAGAUGUGCAGCCCUUCCUCACCCAUCGCCAAGGCCACCAAGCCCUUCACCUUUGACCCCCAGUGGGAGCCUCGUGUACAGGACCGUGAUUUAAAGCGUGACACAAACGACAACCUGCCGUUGUUGGCCGAUUCCGACUCGUGGAACAAUUUUCAGUGUUCUGGAAAGUCGACAUCAUCAAAAAUGGAGACGGAUCUCCCAGAAAAGAGAAAGUUUAGUGAUUCUAGUACGUUGUGUAGUGGUUAUCCACACAUCUCAGACAGCAACCCAGUGACUCCCAGCGCUGAGUUAUCCCCCUUUCCUUUUGGUGUAUCAACCCUAAAUAAUGGGUCUCGGUCUGAUUCACCACAGGAGUGGAAAGUUCAGAAAGACUGCAAGAGGAAGUCUCCUUCUCCCACUCCAAAGUCGCCCGUAAGUCGAUCCUUCACACUGUCUCUGAGUCCAGUGCCUCUCCCCUCAGAGGGAAUUGGUGCCCCCAGGGACAGAAAGAGGUCUCUUGGAUCUCCCAUGACAAAACCAUCUACCUUGAUGUCUCCGUUAUCAAGAUCUCCAGGGAAACCCUUUAUCAAACCAUUUUCUCUGCCACUCUCCCCUGUUUUGUCGCCGGACACCCCAGAAACCAGUGACCCCGUGAACUCUGACCCAACCAUCAAGGACUCCUCCAAUCAUCAACAGGAAACUGCUGCUCAAAGGAAUGAUAGGAUGGCAGUGUCAAAACCCUUCUCGUUACCGCUGAGCAGUGUGAACUCUCCAGACGUCAGGGACAGUACUAACAACCAACAGAAAAAGUUCAAACAGGAGAGAAACUUUCACCUGCCAUUGUCUUCUCAAUCUCAGCGAGAUAACAGUCAAAGCGAGCAAAGGGAGAGCAGAUCUCGACCGUUUGUCCUCCCUGUAUCUCCUCUUGUCUCUUCUGAGAAAAGUCUGUCCAUCACGGAUGGCAACUCACCCUUACCCUCACCUGCGCUGACUCCAGUCAAAAGUCCAUCGAGAUCGUUCACUCUGCCACUGUCAACAGUCAGUCUACAUACAAAUGAAAGAAACAAGGCCACAGUGGACCUAGUGAGUCCCUGUCGCCCCAGACAGUGUCCAGAGCUACCCAGUCCACGCCUGGAGUCGGCCGAACACUGUCACAUGGAAACAACAUCACCAAGUCUACCAGACAGCACCCCAUUAUAUAUUGUAUCAGAAUCAUGUAAAUCUCAACAGAAAUUUGAUCUCAGUCUCUCUGUGUCUCAGUCAAAGUGUUGUGAAACAUUGACCGCCCCCUCCUCCUCCCCGCGACCCCCCUCAUCACUACCCCAUACCCUGGGGGUCCCCGGUAGAACCUCUGAGCUUCGUUGCCCCCCAUCACAGACAAUUUACUCCCCCUCAGCAGCUCUGGCUGAGCUUCAUUUCAGUCACUCUGUGGUGGAGAGGAUCGACAAGCCUACUCCUCUACAGAAGUUUCCAUCUACCUCUCUCGACAAACUUAACUUUACUCCUUGUUUUGCAACGGAAAACAGAACCAAGGAAUCAGUGUGUUCAAUGGAGGCGGAUCACGGAGAGCCUGGUGAGGGGACAUCCCUCGCCUCCAUUGGCUCUGGCAGUAGUUCAACCGUGACGUCCCCCGUAGGUCAUCAGGUGACCCUGAGAGUCAGGGAAAAUAGGGCAAAACGACCUCUCAUAAGACCGAACAGUAUUGCAUUUUCUAAAUACCCGACCUUUGAUCUUGGAUCAGACUGUCAGGAAUCCCCCAGCUCAGCCAGUAGUACGUCGCAAGACGAUGCGGCCGAUACGUACCUUCUACAAAAUGGAAAACGCUCCAAGGCCUCGGACUCUCACACCGGAAGAUACACUGAACGAGACGUGUACCGGAAAAUCACAGCAGCCAUGGAGAGUGCUAUGUUUAGAACACAGGUGUACGAGGCGAGUCGUAAGGCCAGAAGCCUGGAUGACAUCCUGGUCUCAGGAGACCCUCUGGUGGCAAAACAAGCUGGAACCGGGUGCUCACCAUUUGGGAAAUUUCCACCACGAUGUGGAUUAGGACCACAAAGGUUUAAUUCUCCUGGAAUUUACGAAAAUAUAACAUGUCAUGCAUCGUCAGAAGUUUACCAGUCCAGCAGUAGCAUAUCAUCUAACGGAAGUCAUGGCUCACUGCACGGGAGCCUGGAAAUCAUACAGGUCGGGGAGUGCCCCAACAAGCGCCGGAAAACCUCCGACAAGUAGCGGGGACGACUGACAACAAUGUCACACCUACAAUGCAUUAAAUUUAAAUCAACCAAUCAACAACCAGAACGACGGAAAUGACGUCACAGACCCCGCCACUGACAUAGCAUUGUGCCUUAUGAAGUUCAAAGAAGCACGGGAGGAAAAAAAGAAUGUAAUUUGUCUCCCUUGUGGAGCAGCACUUUUCAGUUCAUUGAUUAUUGUUUCAGAAAUUGUUUGUAGAAAGUCCGCUAGUUUGAAGAAGCUGUUUGUUCUGUGGAGGUCUCUUCUCGCCCUAGGUAGUAUGAGAAGAAAUUACCCAGAUUUUUAGAUUUUAUGCAAAGCCAGUAGCCUCCCUUCACAUCCCCUCCACCAAAAAUCACCCCAAAACGCAAACACCAGUGCCCACUGAAAGGAGGUUAAGAAUCCGGAUCCUUUCUUUUCACCCCCCCCCCCCCCCUCCCUUAGCUCUUGUCGUUGUCAAUUAUUUGAGGUCAUGUGAUCGUUGUUGAUAAAUACGUAGAUUUUAGAAUUCUCAGGAACUUAAAAUCCAAUAAUCAGGAGAGGUCAGAGGUCAGAAUUACAUUUUAUCCAUUUGAUUUUCAUAGAUAUGAAUGGAUAUCGUUUUAAUGAACACGGUUAAUCGUUUGAUAAUAUGUCAGUCAUUCGUAUCAACCCUCUAUAUCUGUUUAUGUACAAGACUAAAUACGCCUCAGAGCAUGGAUAGAUUUGGUACAAGUGAACAUUGUAUGUUAAGUUGCUGUUAUUGUUCUUGAUCAAGUUGGUACCGUAGGAUAGUCAUAUUCAGCGUCUCUUUCUUUCUCUCGUCCGCCUCUAGUUUAUCUGAUAGAUAAUUUUUUUUUCAACGGGAGAAUUGUAAGAAUCGGGAAAAUCAAUUUAGAAAAAAACCAAAUCUCUCUCUUUUUCUCUCUCUCUCUCUGAGAGAUGAUGUCACGUGUAAGAUUUGCAGAUGUCAUUGUCACUCAGAAAUGACUGAUUUUGUAUCGGACAAAUGUUACUUUACGUAGGGAAUCACCCUUAAUUCCUAGAGAUAGUUGUUCGUUAAUGUAUUCAGUGGUUAGUUAACCUUUGACCUGUUGUGAAUGUUUACCUUGUUAUGACACUGUAUUGAGAUAUUUUUGUAGAAAUCUUGGAUAAGCUGUGAUUUUGUACAUAGAAAAUUCCCCAAUGUGAACGGAGAGCAUUAGUAUAUUUACAGACAUUAAUAUAUACCGUAGAAAAUGAUGUCGUUUAUUUAUAGAUGUGGACAUUACCAUGGUUAUGUUUACCUUGUGUAUCAAGUUCCCGGUCUGACUCUCGGUUGUGUUGAAAUAUAACGUCAUAGUCACGUGGUAUACAUGUCACAUAAAAUUUGUCAUUAUAUAACGUCACAAAGAUAUCACACGUCACGACGAAUGUCAAAUUGUAUUAUGUCAUAGCUCAUCAUCGUGUUUACACUUACGCCACAGCACAUGACGUCAUAAAGCAUAUCAACAGAGUUUUCUCAGAAGAUGUUAGCACAAUAAAUGGCGUCAUGGAAACUUUUCUUGACUGUUUAUCAAGAUUUAAAAGAUUCAACCCUAUUUAUACAGAAAAGAAGUUACUGGGGUAACCCCUAAUAACAAAUUAUAAUUGAGAUAACCAUGCAAGAUGCCGUUGUGAUAAUAAAAUCAUACCGUUUUGACAUAAACUUAGAACACCGCUAUGACGUUUGCAUAAUACUUCGUUAUGACGUAUGCAUAAUACUUCGCUGUGACGUAUGCACAAUAGACCGUUGUAACGUGUGAAUGCACGCAUCAUUGUAAUCAUUGAAAUGUUGGAAUGUCUUUGAUACCACAUGUCAUUGAGGAAACUCUUUUUCAUUGUAACGUCUGAAUGAAUGAAUACAAUAUAGUGAUGACUUACAGAAAGCGUCUUAUGGCGUCUUACUGUUCCGUCAUUAUGGCGUCCUUCAAAGCACACCAAUUUGUCAAAGUGGAACACAACUUUUGUCAGUACAUUUCUAUUGUAUUUGUUACAUCGUACUUUUAAUAUUUUUUAACUUUUUUUACAUGUACAUUGGACACAAUGAUAUUGAACGUUAUUGUAAAACUGUUAUAAUAAUUUGUAUACACUUGUGUAGAAAUUUUAUACAAUUUGUAAAAGUCACCCGUUUUUUUAAAUAUAUGUACAUGAUAUUUAACUUUGGCCAAUCAGUCAAAACCAAACUGUUAAAAUUAUCAAGACAAAAUAGUCGGGCAGCUUUUUUUCUUUCAUCGUAUGUGCAACACAACUUUAUAACCAAAUUAUUACAAACAACGUAUUUGUUACUUGAACCAAUUGUUAAAAAAACGUAAUUCAAAAUCUUUUUGUUAAGGACAACAUUUGUGCAAUAUUUAGUUUGUUAAACUGUGGUUCUUGUUCAGCUGUAGACCAUUACACAACUGGACGAUGUUCUUUUCUAGUCAUGACACAUAGGCGUUCGUUCUCCGAUGAUAGGACUCGCUCCGUUUUUAUCCGUUUUUAUCUGUGAUUGUCGUACCUCUAGUUUUCUUAUUUAUGACAUGACGUCGACAUACAGCCAGUGACGUAUCGCAGUCACGUGGUUAUUGUCGGCCCGCUCAUGUUCUCUGUGAGUUAGAGGCGAGCGUUGUUUUUUCUAUAGUCUACUGUAAUCUACCUAUAUUAAAUCGUUGUUUACACUUACAA